UGCGCCAGCCGCGACCAGGGGAGGGGCCCCGGGGCCUGCAAACGUGGUGCCUGCGGGGCUGGGCCGUCCUGCCUGCCCUGGCCUGCCCCGCAGCCCGCAGCUGAGGCCGGAGAGCGCAGCGGCUUUCUCUUUGGCUUCUGCUUUUUAAAACCACAAAAUGUCUGAAGUUAAGCCAAGGAAAAAAGGUGUUUCUUCAUCCAAGACCAGUGAAGGUUCACAGAAGGCUGAGAAGCACAGUAAUUAUGGAAAGCUGGCAAGUCCCAGGACCAGCAAUAAUCGCAGUUCCUUUUGCAUGGACUCAAGGACAAGUUUGAGUAUCGUUUCCCUUGCUGUUUGCCUGGUGGUGAGCUGGUUUCUAUUUCAGCAGUCAGGUCAAUUUGCUGAUCUGGAAAGGAAGUACAAUUUUUUACAUCAAGAAGCUGAAAAAAUCCUGGAUGUGGGAGAUAAAGUAAACUUAAUUUCUGAAAAGCUUGAGUCUUCUGAAAGUAUCCUGCAAGAAGCUGCCUCAUCCAUCUCUGUGAUGACUGAGUUUGGGCAGGAAAUAUCUUCUCUUCAUAACAUCAUAAAUGAUAUUCAGAACAAUGAACAAACUCUCUCUCUGAAGUUGCAGAGCAUUAAUGAGAAGUUCCAAAAUAAUACAAAUUCCUGGAGAAGAAGCCAGGAUGAAAUGAACACAAAUGCUAGUGGUUUAAAAUCUGAAACUAAGUUCAUACAUACAGAAAUUACUUCCAAGAUUAAUGAAGUUGACCAAAGAAUUAAAUCCCUUUCAGAAAGAGUAAAAGAUUUGGAAGACAGUACAGCCAGAAAUAUCAGAACACUAAAAAAGCAAGAAGACGAUGAAUUCUCUAGAAUUGAACAAAAGUUGAACUUGGAUGCAAAGUCAGUUGAAAAGCUAGAAGAAGAACAGAAUAGUCUGGUAGCCAAGGUCACAGACCUGAAUCAGAAACUUGCAAACUAUGAACCUAAAAUUGAGGAGUGCAAGACCCACUUGCCAGCAAUUGAAAAUGCUAUUCACUCUAUUCUUAAGUUGUCCAGUGACUUGCUUGGUAUGGAGAAAAGGAUAGAGGACUUGAAGACACGGCUGUACGCUGUGGAACAUGACAUGCUGAAAACUGUUUCUGAUACAGUGGUGAUGCAGAAGGCUCUUGAAGGCCUACAGUCCAAUGGCAGCUUGUUCAAAGUGCAGCAUGAACUAGCUGUUCUAGAAAAAGGGCCCAACAUAGCAGUAUCUUCAAAAGCAAAAGGAGUAACUUUAGAAAGCUCUAACUUAGGAAAUGACCAGAAUGGGGAUAAAUGAAUUUGGACUUAGGUUUUUCAUUGAUAAAAAAGCACUUUUUAAUAAAUAAUGUGAUUUAAACAUCAAGGAUAGCUGAGGUAUUGUCAUUGAUCUACAGAGACAUUGGAACAGCCUGAAAGGUUGAGAAAGAGGCUGGAGGCAAGAGAGUAAAACUUUUUGUUAAAGAAGGAAAGGAAUAUUUUCUUAAAUUAAAGAUUCUUUUCAGAUUGUUUAUUGAAAAUAUGAAGCAAAGUAUUUAGAUUUAAGGGGAAAAAAAGUUCAUGUUUUUAGUUUGUAUUUAGUUUUCACUACAUAGUUUCUUUUGUUGUUACUUUGUGUAUUAUUUUCCAUAGACUUGUAACACAGUGAACAGUCACUCACUUCUCAGCAGAGAUAAUUGUACCUUACUUUUAAUGUAUUGUACACCAUAAUGUGCUGCAGGAAAGCACUGGUUACCUUUUUAACAUCUGAAGCUUAGAUGUAACACUGUUAGAGAAAACAGUAGUAAAGUACCCCCUUAAUGAGAACCUUGUCUUGCUCUGGUAUCUGUAAGCAGCUGACAUUAACAUAGCAGCUGGUUUGAUUUUUUGGGGGUUUUUUUGUUUGUUUGUUUGUUUGUUUGAUGGGGGGGUGUUUUGGUGCUUUAGAAACAAAUUUUAACCUUUUCUUCUGUAGGAUGUUCUUUGUUAGGCAUGACAUGGUAUGUCUCAUAUUGCUUUACAUUUGAAAAGAAAAAAUAAUUUAAAGUGUCAUUGACAUUGUUUCCCAAAGUUUGCUGAAUUAAGAGCUGCAAAAGUAAUUAAUGAAAUCAGUGAAGUUAUAUGCUUGGGAGCAGGGAACAUCCAGGUUAUCCAUAUAUCUACUUGCACAUGAUGUAGUACUAUUUAAUAGGCCUGACAGCUGUUCAUUGAAAUUUGGAUCUCAGGGACAACACAAAUUGUCUGCAGACUUAUUGUCCUGAUAAUUCUGUAUUCCUCAGGAAAGGAGAUUGCUUAGUAGAAACAUUAUGAACACACAUUUAUGACUUAAUCAGACCUGUUUUAAGUUAUUCUAGGUUUGUACAUUCAUUUCUCAAGAACUCCACUGAAAUCUUCACUAAACAGGUAACACCCAUUCAAGAAACUAUGAAACCAGUGUUUCUCAAUGUUAUAAAGCUGUGUUGGUUUCAUAUCAUUAUUACUUAUGUAUAAAUUUCUGUUUACAGUGAUAUUCAAAAUAAAAAUAUAUUGUAGUGAA